AUGGCGAAAUCGACCCUCUCGUCGCGCACACCACAGACCGUGGGCUCGUUCCUGCAGUUCAUCAACAAGAGUCCGUCGCCUUUCCACGCUGUGUACGAGACCGUGCAGACUCUCGCGGCCGCUGGCUUCAAACAGCUGCUGGAAGAAGACUCGUGGGACGACGCGGUCGAGCCCAACGGCAAGUACUACGUGACGCGCAACCAGUCGGCCAUCGUGGCCUUUGCUGUAGGCGGCAAGUACCAGCGAGGCAACGGGUUCCACGUCAUUGCCGCCCACACGGACAGUCCGUGCCUGAAAGUCAAGCCAGUGUCCAAUAUCGAGUCGCAAGGCUGGCUGCAGCUGGGCGUCGAGACGUACGGCGGUGGUCUCUUCCACACGUGGUUCGACCGCGACUUGGGCCUGGCCGGACGCGUCAUUGUGCGCUCGAGUAACUUGAGCUUCCAGUCGAAGCUCGUGCUAGUGGAUCGCCCGAUUCUGCGCAUCCCUACGCUUGCAAUCCACUUGGAUCGCACGGUCAAUGAGAAGUUUGUCUUUAACAAGGAGACGCACCUGCGGCCUGUCCUUGCCUCAGCUGUUCGUGCCGAGAUGGAGGCGACGACAGGGGAUGGCCAACAAAAUCAAGUCAAGGCCAAGCACACGUCGGUCUUGCUGCAGCUCCUUGCGAAGGAGCUCCACGUCGAGCUGGACGAGAUUCACGACUUUGAGUUGUGUCUAUUUGACACACAGGGGGCCAAUGUCGGUGGUGUGCUGGAGGAGUUUAUCUUUUCGCCUCGAUUGGACAACCUCUGCUGUUCGUGGUUGGCCACCCAGGCGCUGAUCCAGUCGCUGGAUACCCUCGCAGACGACGAGAGCGUCCGUGUGACUGCCCUUUUUGACAACGAGGAAGUGGGCUCACAGUCUCUCAUGGGUGCUGGGUCGAAUUUUAUGCAGUCGGUGGCUGAGCGUGUGGCACAGGGGCAGCUCUGCGGCGCCGCGGCCAGGAAGUCGUUUGUCGUGUCGGCGGAUAUGGCCCAUGGCGUACAUCCCAACUACGCUGAGAAGCAUGAGCAGAACCAUCGUCCUGCAAUUCACGCGGGGCCUGUGAUCAAGUACAACGCCAAUGAGCGCUAUGCUACGAGCGGCACGUCGGCGUUCUUGAUGAAGGAGCUCGCACGUUGCCACAAUAUAAACAUUCAGGAGUUUGUGGUGCGUCAGGACACUGGCUGUGGCUCUACAAUUGGUCCGAUCUUGUCGACAAAUACGGGCAUCCGCACGAUCGACGUUGGACUUGCUCAACUGAGUAUGCACAGCAUUCGCGAAAUGUGUGGCACUGAGGACUUAGUACAGGGACUGGAUUGGUUUACGGCUUUCUACUCGGAGUUCUCGUCACUCGAUAAGUGCCUGAAGACCGAUUAA